AUGUUUUCGGCAACUUGGCCAAAAGAUGUCCGUAAAUUAGCGAUGGAUUUCUUGACCGAUGCAGUGCAUCUAAACGUUGGCUCACUGGAAUUGUCCGCAAAUCAUAAUAUCACGCAAAUUGUUGAAAUCAUUGACGAAUCUAGUAAGCAGCAACGCCUGAUGUCCAUGCUCAGCGAUAUUAUGAACAAGGAGGACUGUAAAACUAUAAUUUUCGUGGAAACGAAACGCAAAGCAGACGAGUUGACACGCUGGAUGCGCCGAGACGGUUGGCCGGCGCUAUGUAUUCAUGGCGAUAAAAGCCAGUCAGAGCGUGAUUGGGCAUUAAAUGGUGAGCGUUUUUGGGUUUAA